AUGAAGUCUUCACUUGCUCUCCUCGCCACCGCCGGCGCCGUCGCUGCCAUCUCUACCACUACCGAAUGGGUUAUCGAGGUUGUCACCGUCACUGUUACGGUUGACCCUACCGACUUCGUCCAGGACGCCAAGCCUACCCCGACUCCUGCCCCCGAGCCUGUCACCACCUCGUCGGUAGUUACCACAUCCUCUACUCCUGCGCCUCCCCCGAACAGCGCCAUUGUUACGGAGCCUGAGUCUACCACCACUACUCAGGCUCCCCCGCCUACCUCGACGCCCGAGCCCGAGCCUGAGCCGACUGUUGUUGAGACGCAGACCCCCAAGCCGCAACCCACGACUACCGCCCAGCCUCAACCAACUGCUUCGCAGGCCCCGCCGCAGCAGAGCCUGGCUCCCUCCGGCGGCUACCAGGAUACCGUGGUCAAAUACCACAACGCCUACCGCCAGGACCACAGCGCUCCCGCGCUCGAGUGGGACGAUACUCUUGCCAGCUACGCUCAAAACACGGCCCAGAAGUGCGUGUUUGAGCAUGACAUGAAACAGGGCACUGGCAACUAUGGCCAAAACCUCGCUAGUUACGGUGCCACUGGCAACCUUGGUACCACGGAGAGUGCCGUUGGCAAGGCCAUCGCUCAGCAGUGGUACCAGCAGGAAGUUGGCUACUACAACUUCUACGGCCAGGCUGACCCCCCGCCCGGUGCCGACUUCAGCAAGUUCGGCCACUUCUCCCAGCUUGUCUGGAAGGGCUCCCAGAAGGCCGGUUGCUAUACACAUAAGUGCCCUGCUGGCACCGUCCUCCAGUACGACUCGUUGUUUACCGUCUGCAACUACUUCCCUCCUGGCAACUACAAGGGCGAGUACGGCACCAACGUUAUGCCUUCUCUUGGCCUCAAGAUCAACGUUUCUUCCUAA